CCGUUUUGGCGUCAGCGCAGAGCAUACGCGAACUGUUGUGGCAUCGCCACCGUCGCGUCUCACCAACACCCUCUUAUUUUUUUUCUCUCGUAACCUGCACUAUCAUCCCUUCACGAAGAGGAGAACCGCGGACCAAGCGCCUAGGAACUGUGGGUGUCGUCAGGGGGGACUUCGCUCUUGUGUUGUUCGGGACUCACGGAUGUGACCGUGGCCUGGAGGCAACAGUUUCGCCAUGAAGCCCGUCAUCGUACUGCUCUGCGCCGCUGCUGCGCUAGCAGGUCCUGUCGAACGCAGCAAAACCUGCUCGAGGCAUUGCACGGAGAGCCGCAAGUUUUCCUACCAACCGAGCACGACCUACGUCUACGACUAUGCGUCGACAACUGAAACCGCAGUGCAAGGCACGACCUCUCAAAAGGUGGCCGUCCACAUAAACUGCCAAGUCGAAAUUGAACCCUUGGGAUCGUGCGACUUCUUGCUUCAGAUCCGGGGCACCACCCUGGAGGAGGAAGACCCCUCGCGCCCAGGACAGCGGAGGCCCUCGCCGAACCUGGCCGAGCUGAGGGACGCCCUGGAGCGGCAGCCGCUUCGCUUCUCGUACCAGGACGGGCGCGUGGACAAUCUGUGCCCCGGACAGGGCGAGACGCCGCGGGCUCUGAACAUCAAGAAGGCCAUCCUGUCCUUGCUCCAGAACAGCAUGAAGGAGCUGGAAGUGAGCGAAGACGUGAACGAGCUCGACAUCGCUGGAAGGUGUCCCACGAUCUACGAGACGCUUCCGAAAGGCUGGUCCUCGAUGAGCGUACGCCGGAUCAAGGACCUCUCUCAGUGCAAGGACCGUGAGAGCGCCGUCACCGCUUUGCAGGCUUCGUCAGUGGAUGACAACCUGAGGUCGGCGCCCGUGGUCAAGGGUCGUCAGGAGUGCAAGCAGGUCUUCCAGAAUGGCCUCGUCGACAGCGUCGAGUGCAAGGAGUCGCACGUGGUGCGCCCGUUCUCCAAGAGCGAGAACGGCGCUCGCACUGACGUCACGCAGAGGCUCAACCUGCGCAGCCAGCGGAGGGCGCCAGCACGCCGGACAGCGUACAGUUCAGAAACCGAGACUGACCUUCUCUUCGACCACGACUACGAGGUCGAGGAGUCUUCUAGUUCACUGCAACGUGCCGAGAAUGCACUGCGAGCCAUCGCCCAGUCAGCAGGGGAGGCCGUCAAGUCCUCUUCGCCCGGUCUGUUCACCGAACUUGUGUUCAGCCUGCGCAAACUGAGCACCGCCGACCUGGAGAUCCUGUUCCGCCAAGCCGAAAGCAUCUCACCCAAGGCCAAGAAAUUUUUUGUGGACUCCCUGCCAGCUGCCGGCAGCCCUGCCGCCAUUCGCAUGAUGACCGACUCCAUGAUCUCAGGACAGGUCGCCGGAAUCGACGCCGACAUUUGGCUCACAUCUCUGGCUUUCGUGUCGAAGCCCACGUCGGAAAUGAUCGAGCACGCUCUGCCUCUGCUGAAGCUGGAGCGGUCCCAGGCCUACCUCGGAGUGUCCACGAUGGCGUACGCCUAUUGCCGCAACAACGCCAACUGCGCGACGGACCGCCCCAUCAAGGAGCUCGUCCGCGCUCUGUACCUGACCCUUGGCGAGAACUGCUACGCCCGCGACGACCGCACGACGCUGAUGGUGCUGAAGGCUCUCGGCAACUUGGGCCAGUCCGAAGGCGCAGAGGAGACGCUGUACCGCUGCUUCCAGAACCCGCAGCUCGACAUCGAGAUUCGUCUGGCCGCCGUGCAGGCAUUCCGCCGCUUCGACUGUGAUAUACCGCGCAACCAGAUGCUGAGCAUCUACCAGAACGUGCACGAGAACGUGGAGCUGAGGAUCGCCAGCUACUUGGCCGCCAUCCGCUGCCCGAGCAGCCCCGUCAUCGACGCCGUCAAGGAGACGCUUCGCACGGAAUCCAUCAAGCAAGUGGGCUCGUUCGUGUACUCGCACAUCCGCAACCUGGCCCGCGAGCCGAGUGCCUACCAACGCGAGUACCGGGUCAUCGCCAACGACCUGUCGCUGAGGAACCGCUUCGAGCUGGACUUCCGCAAGUUCUCGCGCAACGUCCACUACCGCAUGUUCUUCGACCCGCUGGACACGGGCUUCGAGCUGGACGGGGAUGUCAUCUACACGCCGGACUCGUACUACCCGAGGAGCGCGCGUGUCGCCACCUCGUUCGACAUCUUCGGCAAGAAAGUGGAUCUGUUCGAAGCUGGUGCCCGUGCCGAGCACCUGGAGAAGAUCGUCGAGCAGUGGAUUCCGAGCGACAACCACAACGCGGUGCGUGCCAAGAGAGCCAUCAGCGACAACAAAAUCGACGAGCUAGACAGAAGGUUCGCCAUCAAGUCCAAGUACAGCGGCGAGCCAAAGGCCUCCGCGUACGUCAAGUUCUUCGGCAACGAGAUCGCCUCGCUGCAGCUGGCAGCCGGCACGGCGAGCCCCUACAACGACCUCAUGGACUGGAUCUCGCGCCUGUCCGACCCCAAGGGUCUGGACCUGAGCAAGAGCGUCCUGUUCGCCGACACCACGCUCACGGUUCCCGCCAGCAGCGGUCUCCCGCUUCGCGUCUCGGUCAACGGCUCGGCCACUGUCGCGCUCAAGGUCGGCGGAAACUCGCAGUUCCGCAAGGGAUCCAUCGAUGUCACCGGUCUUAUCAAGCCCAGCGGUGCCGUUCAGCUGGCGAUGCUGAUGAGCGUGGAUGCCCACAAGUCCACCUCUGGAGUCCGUAUGGUGGCCACCAUGUCUUCUUCCUGGUCGGUGGACGGCUCCCUGCAGAUGCAACAGGGCCAGGCCAUCAAGGCAAAGCUCAACAUGCCGGAGAAGGAGAUGGAGCUCAUCGACGUCAAGAGCAAGAUCUUCCUGGUGAACGGCGCCUCGGAGCUGGAGCACCGCAACGAACCGCAGAAGAAGCUGGAGACGGAGGCUUGCACGGGCUCCGCCAUGGAGCGGGCGCUGGGUCUCAAACUCUGCGGCCGCGCCGAGUUCCCGGUGUCGAGCCAGACGUACCGCUCGCCCAUGUACCCGUUCAGCGGCAACGCCGAGCUCAGCCUGCGCCUCAUCAAGGCUGACCCGACUCUGACGUCAUACGAGUUCGAGUCCAGCUGGACGAACACCAAGGACCUCGUGAGUGCCGUGUUGAGCGUGAACACGCCGGGAACCACGACGGAUCGAGAGAUCACGGCAUCGCUGACACACAACCUGCGCGACGGCAGCGUCGCACUGAAGCUGAAGACGCCGCCCAAGAAGCUCGCCAUCGAAGGCCAGUACAAUUUCGACGAGAAACUGAAGAAGCUCAACCUGCAAGCCAAGGCUGACGAUGAGGCCAUCAUUAAGCUCAUCACCGAGCUGAGGGCAGAUGCUUCUUCGGCUGACGAUGGCAUGAACAAGUACACGCACGUGACCGAAGUGACUUACCGCGGCGAAAAGAUGGUGCUCGUCAACGGCCAGUGGGCAGCCGCCAAGGGACGCAAGUACAGCGGCAGCGUCAGCAUCGAGAAGCUCACCGAGCAGCCGGUCCAGAUGAACAUGGACCUGGACCUGACGGACAAGCGUCGCGUUCGCUACGAAGGCUCGGUGCGCUCGUUCUUCGUGAACGGCGCCGUCAACGGCUACACUCAGACGGGAGACAACUGGUCGACCAAGGCCGACGGCGAGUUCAGCCUGAUGGGCGGCCGAACCGAGAAGGUCGGCCUGACGGCCAAGUUCCGCGACCUGUCAUCAGGCUCGCUGGCCAAGUACAGCGGCGCGGCCUCCUUCCAGAACACCUUCCACCCGGCGCUCAACACGGAACUGCAGUGGGACUGCCAGAGGACCGACGGGCAGCUCGAGAACUCGCUCCAGAUUGUGCGCGGCGAAGGCGGAAAGAAGAACGGCAACACCAUCAAGAUCCAGCAGAUUGCUCGCUACACUGGAACCCUGGCAAACAACAACGCGGGUCUUUCGCUCAAGCUGAAAUACCCUCAGAAGCGCAUCGAUUGGCAACUGGAGAUGAAGCACGAAAACACACCAACCAGCCUCGUUAAUCGCAUGGGCAUAACAUACGCUCCCUCGAGGCAGAUAAACACCGUCAUUGACAUCUCGACUUCGCCUGAAGCCAAGGCUAACCUUCAGCUCAGCUAUCCAGGCCGCGAAAUGAGGAUGAGUGCAAACUACCAACGCAGCACGUCAGAUGAAUACCGUGGCGACGUCCUUCUGCAGUGGAACAGCUGACAAAAAGAUCGAGGCAUCUGGAACGUUCAAGCCGGGUUAUGACCGACGUCAGUACAGCCCCAGUUUCGAGGCCGAGAUACGAAUUCCGAACAAGCGUCCCGUCACCGUCAGCGGAUCGUUGAGGGCGUCCAGGGGGUACUACUCCGUCAACGCUGCGUCGCAAUGCAGCCGCGGAAAGUACGAGCUCAACGGUUCCUAUCGCUCCGCGGAUGCCUACAGCCACAACGUUGAACUCAGGGUGAACACGCCCUACGACAUUUACUCGGCAGCCGGAGAGACGAAAGUCCACCUCGGAGA